UUAUGUGUCAUUUGAUAGUGUAUCACCUUUAUUAAUAGGCACUGUUUCAAAGAGGACCAAAUGUUUGCUUGUCCAAAUGUGUCUAAAAAACCAACAAUUUCCAUGGGGUGUACUUAUUUUUUCACAUGACUGUAUACUAUAGCAGUCAUACAACCAGCCUUGUAAAAUGAUAUUUAUUAACUGGGACAAAACACAUGAAUCACCAGAAAGAUUAAUCUUCAGCUGUAUUCCUUAAAAUAUCACUUUCCCCCUUAUAGUCCCCUUUCUAUCUGGUGUUCAUGAAUACAAAACUUUACUGCAUCUUUCUUCAGAAAAAUGUAGACUUGUUACAUAGUGAACUAAACGAAUCAGAUGCUCUCUCCGAUUAAUAACAUUAAAGUGUAAGUGCUACAGGUAAUGAAACAAUAUUGGGAUUGUGACAAAUUUAUAGGUUACUGACCACACCCCCUACACACAUAUAAAUCAUCAUUUGAUUUGCCUGACAGACAGUUUCCUCUCUCUCUCACCUCAUACACAACUGAAAUGGUUCACUUUACGACUUUGCCUUUGUUUCUCUGCACCGUUGGUUUUAUCUCAGAGACUCUGUGCUCUUUAUCUUUGGAGGCAGAAGCUGGAGAUAACGUCACUAUUUGGUGCCAACAUGGUCUGACUGAUACAGAUAAAAUCUACUGGUUUAAACACACAAGUGAUUCAGUUCCACUUCUUCUAGGGUGCAAACAGUUUAAGACAUCAGCUCCAUCACCAACGUGUUACUUCUUUACUGAAAGUGAGAGAAUAGUGAUGUCUGUUCAUGGCAAGAGCACGUCUCUCACAAUCACUGCAGUAACCGUCUCUGAUACAGGACUGUAUUACUGCAGCUUCAUGAAACUGGACCAAUUUAACUUUAGCAACUCGACCUCUUUACAAGUGAAAGGACAUGAUAAAACACUUUCUAAGGACACAGAAAGAGCAAAUGGUAAUUUGACCCAUUUCCAAGUUUCAGUCUGUUCUGGUGUGUUCUUCAUUCUGUCCAUGAUACUUGCUCCGUUGAUCAUGAUUCUUCUCGGUGUCCUGAUUUUCAAUUUACUGAAGCACAGAAAAAUGCACAGAGGUGAUAAAACUGAUAGACAAGACGAUGAGGAACAAGAGUCUGAUUCAGUGAAUUAUGCUGCUCUACACUUCUCUAAUAAGAAAACCAAGAGGCCAGGGAGACGCAGUCAAAUGGAGGAUCCCCACGUUAUAUAUUCUGGCAUCAAACAAUGAUUUAGCAAUACCGAGGUAACAUGUAUACAUAAUUAAGCAUGUAAUCUAUUGUUUAUUAAUGGUGAACAAUGUUCAGGUGAUUUAGGAAAUGGGAUUUGUUUUAUGCUUUCAUCAUAACAGAAAAUACAUUUAUGAUUUUUUAUUCAUGAAUUUAUGCAUAACGACAAUAUGGUAACUGUGUAGAUCUGUGGUAGAAUUGAUCGAUCAAAAUUAUAUUACGCUAAUAUUUGCAGUGACUUUAUUUUAAUGCCUGUCAAUUUGGUAUUCAAUGUAAUAAAAUUCACCUUCA